ACCAUCUGAGUUUAUGCCCAUUAAAUGUGAGGAAAAAUCUAUUCUGCGAAAAAAACAAGCCACAUAUAUAGAUUUGAUCUGUUGAUGUGAGCAAGAACGUCAUGUCCUUUUGUCUCUAGUCAACUGGUAAAGGAUAACACAAGUACGUAGGUAUAUGUUCUGUUCCCUGCUGGCAAAUUGAUCCCAUGACACGGAUCAAUCUGAUCAAUCCUUUAUCUAAUUUCAUUUCUUUGACAAUUUCCUGAUCUGGGCACAGUACAAAUUUGGGAAGCAAUUCGGGCUACUAACACAAUCCAAUCCAAGCUCAGACAUGCCAGGAAGAUCCGACAUGGUGGGACCCAUGAUGUUUUCUGUGGUGGGCCCAUAAGACCGAUAUUUAAAAGCAGCCGACACCAUUGCUCUGCAACAAUCUCUAAAGCUAAGAAUAAGAAUGAUGAUUUAAGGAUUUCAGGUUUUUAUUGUAUAGAAUUGUAUAUUGAGAUCAACUGGAAAGGAUUUCGUAAGCAAAAGAUUUCAUUUUGGGGAAAGAAUGAAGGGAGUAGAGGUUGUGAAGCAGAUAUGGCGCAAUAGAUGGUUUGUUGUAGUUGCAAGCAUAUGGGUUCAAUCAUGUGCAGGUCUUGGGUAUGUGUUUGGAAGCCUUUCACCCAUUAUCAAGAGCUCGUUGCAUUACAACCAGAAGCAGAUAAACAGAUUGGGUGUGGCAAAGGAUAUUGGUGACAGUGUUGGAUUGGUUGCAGGGUCCCUCUGUGAAAUCCUGCCUACAUGGGGACUUCUGUUGAUUGGUGCAUUGCAAAAUCUUGUUGGAUAUGGUUGGCUGUGGCUUAUAGUGUUGCAUAGAGCACCCACCUUGCCAUUUUGGAUGAUUUGUGGGCUUCUGUGCAUUGGAGCCAAUGGAGAAACAUAUUUCAACACAGCUGCACUGGUAUCCUGUGUGAAAAUUUUUCCCAAGAACAGAGGCCCUAUUGUUGGAAUACUGAAGGGGUUUGCAGGCUUAAGCGGUGCAAUAUUUGCACUGAUAUAUGCGGCCAUGUGUGCUCCUGAUCAAGCUGCCUUUAUUAUCCUGGUAGCAGUUGUUCCUUCUCUGGUGGUCAUGAGCAUGAUGUUCAUUGUGAGGCCAAUUCCCAUUAGAGAGCAGAAGCAAGAAUCAGAUUCUAACUAUUUCAAUUACAUAUAUGGCUUCUGCAUGUUAUUGGCUGUCUAUCUGAUGGCUACCAUGCUUGUGCAAGAUGUCUUUGAUGUGAAGAGGAUAUUAAGCAUAAUUUUCUUUGUUGGACUGCUCAUUCUCCUGCUUCUUCCUUUGGCUUUGCCUCUGAUCUCAACCUUUUCUGGGGACACUCAUUCCACUUGUCCUGUAACUGCUUAUACAUCUCCUGCAGUGCAUGAACCACUCCUGCAAAAUGAUCCAUCUCUGACAACACUUACACAACAGUCCAUCCAUGGUAGUUUUCUUCUGAGUGAACUUGAGGAUGAGAAGACUCGUGAAGUGGAUCUUCUCCCAGAAUGUGAGAGAAGAAAGCAUUUGUCCCGGUUACAUAGUCGCCUACUGCGUGCUGCUGCAGAAGGUGCUGUGAGAAUCAAGGGAAGAAGAGGACCACACAGAGGUGAAGAUUUUACUCUGAUGCAGGCUCUCAUAAAGGCUGACUUUUGGCUACUCUUCUUUGCCUUGCUGUUUGGAGCAGGAUCAGGCUUGACUGUCAUUGAUAAUCUGGGUCAGAUGAGUCAAUCAUUGGGAUAUGAUAAUUCUCAUAUUUUUGUGUCCAUGAUAAGCAUUUGGAACUUCCUCGGUCGUGUUGGGGGUGGAUUUUUGUCUGAGAUUGUUGCGAGGGACUAUGCAUAUCCACGACCGGUGACAAUGGCAGUAGCUCAAAUUCUGAUGGCUAUUGGGCAUUUUCUUUUUGCAAUGGGUUGGUCUGGAUCUCUAUAUACAGGCACUCUGCUUGUUGGUCUAGGAUAUGGUGCCCAUUGGUCUAUAACACCAGCUACUGCUUCUGAACUCUUUGGGCUGAAGAACUUUGGUGUCCUAUACAAUUUUCUUACCAUGGCUAAUCCAGCAGGAUCUUUAAUUUUCUCUGGCUUCAUUGCUGGUUCAAUCUAUGAUUGGGAAGCAGAAAAGCAGCACCAACCAAGGCACCAUAUGAAGGCUGGUACUAUGACAACUGGGCCUUUCGAUGAGGACCACCCCUUGAAAUGUGUGGGUGUAGUGUGUUUUUCCCUCACAUACAAGAUCAUGGUAGGAGUGUGUAUCUUCGGGGCAGUCCUGAGUAUGAUUCUUGUUUACAGGACCAGAAGAGUUUAUCGCACCAUCUAUGCACAACAGAGUUCUUCUAUGAAGGAGGUUAAAACUUCAUAUGCAAAGCAUGAUCAGGAAGCAUCAUGCAGUAUCUAGUGUGCCCUGCAAAAGAAAGGAACCAACACUCAUUAAGGGGUAAAUGUGAGCUGUUGUGCUGCUUCCGUUUGAAAGGAUAAGUAUCUACUGCACUUUCUAUGCGAGCAGAGGGUCGUAAUAAGUACCUUUGCCAUAGAGAGCCCGAAUAUCUACAAUUUGCUAGCCUAACUGAAAUAAUAGCUUCAAGCAAUUGUAGGGUUGGUGCUUUACUUGUUUUUUCUGUUUGUGCACUGAGGUUAUCUUACUGGGGCUUCUCAUGACUCUCUGAUUUGAGUCGAAUGAGUGCCAAGAUUUCUAUUUGGUGACCGUUUUGAAAAUGGGCCAGCUUUAAUUCUGUUGUUCAGGGGGAGAUAUUUUAUAAAAUGUAGAAGAACAAGAGUAAGAAUUCUGAUUAGUAUUUCUGAAAGUGAUCGACAUGCCUAUUUAUUGUCACUUAAUGUACAGCGAUCGUUAUUGAUUGAACAAUGGCAUAAAACAUUUGGCUUAA